UAUUUUAGUGAAGACUGGAACAUCACACCCAAAUGAGCUUGUCAAAUUUGGCAUUCCAGAUUUUGCUCUAAUUAUAAUCACCGCUCUUCUAGGAAGGACUGGGCUCUGUGCAGGACACUGAGAAUUCUCAACUCUAAACAUCUGAAUCAUGUGUUUAUGAGGCUCGCUAAGUGCACAUGGAACAGCGCCAUCUAAUGCCUCGGAGGAGAGGAAAAAGCUACGUAUACGAUAUUUCCGGUGACGUAGCGGAAGUAGGAAGUCUACAUAACAACAUCUGAAAGAAAUUUAAUUUCCACUAUGGAUGUAUUGAGGCCUGCGCUUAUUAACAUCAAUGGGAGGAUUUACCGAAGAAAUGCUGUUAAAGAAGAACAAUAUAAAGACGAGGAGGAGGAGGAAGCUUACUCGUACUCCGGACCAGUCAGUGACCAAUGUGUGGAUGAACCGUGUGAUGCGAACAACAUUGAGGAGACAGACAAGGGCUUUCGAUGUGCCAUAGACGUCCCGAGUGUUCUUUACAAGUACAUCAUUGGAAAGAAAGGCGAGACACGGAGACGUCUGGAAGCAGAGACUAAAACUACAAUCAACAUUCCCAAACAAGGAGUUGAGGGACAGAUAGUGAUCGCAGGCUCUCAAAAGGCUGCAGUGGCGUCAGCUGUGACACGUGUCGAGGUUUUGAUCGAGAGCUUCCGCAGGAAACAGCCGUUCACUCACUUCCUGUCCUUCGCUCUGAACCACCCACAGGUUCAGGAAGGGUUUAAACGCUUUAGAGAGGAGGUUUUGGAUCACUGCUCUCAGGAUAUGGGAGUUGAUGUGAGCAUCUUUCAAAAACAAGCCAAGCUGCACCUUACCAUAGGAACCCUUGCACUUCUAAAUGAACAGGAAGUGAUGCGAGCGUCUGAGCUUCUCACACACUGUCAAGGUUUCAUCAGGGACAUAACGGAAGGAAAGCCUUUAGCUCUGGAGGUAAAAGGUAUAGAGUACAUGAACGAUGAUCCCUCCAUGGUGGACGUGCUGUAUGCUAAAGUCUGCGUUCAGGAUGGAUCCGAUAAAUUGCAGCAGAUAGCAGACAGGCUGGUGGAGUGUUUUGUUGCAGAAGGACUAAUGGUGAAAGAAUGGGACAGAGUGAAGCUUCACGCUACUAUCAUGAACACGUUGUUCAGGAAUGAUCCCUCAGCGGAGGUUAAAGGAGGUGCAGGAAGGCCCAGUACGAAGGAUCGAGAAGCUUUUGAUGCCAGAAACAUUUUGGAGAGGUUUAAGGAGUUUUAUUUUGGUAAAUGCCAAUUGGAUUCUGUGGAGCUCUCUCAGAGAUACUCUUCCGACUCUACAGGAUACUACUCAUUUGCUGGAAGAGUCAACUUUAUCUGAGCUGUCUCAUUCAUACACACAGGCACGCACACACACACACUUAUUGAAUCAAAUAGAGUCACAGUGAGUAUUCUUUAUUGUGGAGUGCAUAUGUCCCACUAUUGUGGGUAAUUAAACGCUCUCAAAAAUA